CCUGCCUCCCCGACCCCGAUCGAUCCAUCGAAGCCGAAGAAGCUCCCCCUCCCCUCUGACAACACCGCGCGAAAACAUAACACAGCCCCCCUCUCCAGUCGUAAAGGCAGCCCCCGCAAAGGCUUCGAGCGGCCGUUGCCGCGCUCCGAUUUGAACCGGGAAGCGGGGGACGAAGGCCCCCGCCUCACCGCCUCGCCUCCGCCGCUCCGCGCGGGCUGGAGGCGGAAACCCUAGCGAUGGCGGCGUCCGUGGACGCGGCUGCGGCCGUGGCCGCGCCAGCUCCCGCGCCGCCCGUCGCCGCGCCCGAGGAGGCCGGCGGGGGCGACGCGGAGCAGGCCAGGAUCCUCAUCGGGGCGCUCAACCUUCUGUCGCGCAACCUCCCGCUUCCACCCGCCGUCCUGCGCGCGGUCUCGUCCAUCUACCACGGCGGCGAAGACGCGGACCAGGAGGAGGAGGAAGGGGCUGAGGGCCCGUCGCUGGUCGGGGAUGAAGGCGGAGAGGGGGAUCCCGCUGACGCCGUCGAUGCGGCCGAGGAAGCCACCUUGAUUCAAGAGCUUGAAGAUUCUAUAUAUAGAAACCAAAUGACGCACAUGUCGUCCUCAAAGUUGACUGCUUUAAAAGAAGAACGCUUCAAUACCUGCAUCCAGCAUCGGUUAUCUGAACUCGAAGGGUUACCAUCUACUAGGGGUGAAGAUUUGCAAAUGAAGUGUUUACUCGAAUUAUAUGGGCUCAAGUUACUAGACUUGCAGAAGAAAGUACGGUCUGAUGUCAAUGCUGAAUACUGGCUACACAAGAAAUGUGCGCAUCCUGAGAGGCAAUUGUUUGACUGGGGGAUGAUGAGGAUACGAUAUCCUUUUACCAUGUAUGGAAUAGGGGAUGGUUUUUCAAUGGAUACCGAUGAUAUCCAUCGCAAAAAGAGAUUCACCGAGAGGAUCUCAAAGCUUGAAGAGGAGGAAAAGAACCAGGCUGAGACCAGGAAGAGAAGAUUUUUUACAGAAAUUCUUAAUGCUGCUAGGGAAUAUCAAGUGCAAACAUCGGCUACUUACAAACGAAGAAAGCAACGUAAUGAUGGAGUUCAGGCAUGGCAUGUCCGGGCGCGCCAGCGUAUCAAUCGACUUGAAAAAAGUAGGUUACAAGUUUUGAAAGCAGGUGAUCAAGAAGCGUAUAUGCGGAUGGUUGAGGAGAGCAAGAAUGAACGGCUGACGAUGCUCCUUGAUAAGACAAAUGAGCUUCUAGAAGGAAUUGGGAAAGCUGUACAGCGACAAAAAGAUGCUGAGCAUGUUAGUCGUCCUGAAGGGUCUGAAGACUCAGAAUCUGAUGAAUCCCCUGAGGAGUCUCCUUCAGAUGAUGAUGCAGAUACACACGGUUCUGCAAAUACUAGUAAAUUUAAUGCUGCUGGCCGUAGGCUUGAUUCUACUGUCCAUUCCAUCGAAGAGAAGGUAACAGAACAACCGUCAGCCCUUGUAGGUGGGGAGUUGAGACCAUAUCAGUUAGAGGGUCUCCAAUGGAUGCUUUCUUUAUUCAACAACAAUUUGAAUGGCAUUCUGGCUGAUGAAAUGGGUUUGGGGAAAACAAUUCAGACCAUAGCUUUGAUCGCUUAUCUUUUGGAAAAGAAGGAGGUCACAGGACCUCACUUAAUAGUAGCUCCCAAAGCAGUACUACCAAACUGGUCUAAUGAGUUCAAAACAUGGGCUCCCAGUAUUGGUACAAUUCUGUAUGAUGGUCGUCCAGAUGAGAGGAAAUCUCUCAGGGAAACAAAUUUUGGAGGACAAUUUAAUGUUCUGCUCACACACUAUGAUUUGAUACUGAAAGAUAAGAAGUUCCUGAAGAAGGUUCACUGGCACUAUUUGAUAGUUGAUGAAGGACAUCGCUUGAAAAAUCAUGAAUGUGCUCUUGCUCGCACACUAGUUUCCGGAUAUUUGAUCCGCCGCAGACUACUUUUGACUGGCACUCCAAUCCAAAAUAGCCUACAGGAGCUGUGGUCAUUGCUCAACUUUAUUCUGCCAAAUAUUUUUAAUUCAUCUGGGAAUUUUGAGGAAUGGUUUAAUGCACCGUUUGCAUGUGAUGUUAGCAUUAAUGAUGAGGAAGAGCUAUUGAUCAUACAUCGUUUGCAUCAAGUUUUGCGUCCAUUUUUGCUCCGUAGGAAAAAAGAUGAAGUGGAAAAGUAUCUCCCUUCAAAAACACAAGUAAUACUGAAGUGUGACUUUUCAGCUUGGCAAAAAGCAUACUACGAGCAAGUCGCAAGCAAGGGAAAGGUUGCCCUAGGAUCUGGACUCAAACCAAAGGCUGUGGCAAACCUAUCGAUGCAGCUUAGGAAGUGCUGCAAUCAUCCUUACUUAUUUGUAGAGCAAUAUAACAUGUAUCAGCGCGAGGAGAUUGUUAGAGCAUCAGGGAAGUUUGAAUUGCUCGAUCGGCUACUUCCAAAACUGCAUAGGGCUGGUCACAGGGUUCUGCUUUUUUCUCAGAUGACAAGAUUGCUUAAUAUUUUGGAAGUAUAUUUGCAGAUGUACAAUUUCAAGUAUAUGAGGCUUGAUGGAUCAACGAAAACUGAAGAACGAGGGAAAUUAUUGGCAGAUUUUAAUAAGAAGGACUCAGAGUACUUCAUUUUUCUUCUCAGCACACGAGCUGGAGGCCUUGGAUUGAACUUGCAGACUGCAGAUACAGUUAUUAUUUUUGAUAGUGAUUGGAAUCCUCAGAUGGAUCAGCAAGCUGAAGACCGUGCUCAUCGUAUAGGACAGAAAAAUGAAGUGCGUGUAUUUGUUCUUGUUAGUGUUGGAUCAAUUGAAGAAGAGAUCUUGGAUCGUGCAAAACAGAAGAUGGGUAUUGAUGCAAAAGUUAUCCAGGCUGGGUUGUUCAACAACACCUCCACAGCUCAGGAUAGGAAAGCGUUGCUGCAGGAGAUCUUGAAGAGAGGAACUAGUACACUUGGAACUGACAUCCCUAGUGAGCGUGAAAUAAAUCGUUUGGCUGCUCGAACUGAGGAGGAGUUCUGGUUAUUUGAGAAGAUGGAUGAAGAGAGGCGACGACGAGAAAACUAUAAAUCCAGGCUGAUGCAGGGACCUGAGGUCCCAGAAUGGGUUUUUGAUAUCAGUGAAACCUUAGCUGAGAAGCUCCUUGCGGAAGAAGCCAAAAAUCCUGUGAUAAACACAAAGAGGCGAAGAAAGGAGGUUGUCUAUUCGGACUCUUAUGUUGAUCAAUGGAUGAAAUCUGACGAGGUAUACGAAGACAUCCCAAAGAUGACUCCAAGAGCAAAACGGAGUGCUUAUUUAUCCGAUAUACAGGAGGUUGAUUUACAUGAUAGGGCAAAAAGGCUCAAAUAUUCUGAAAGCGCCGAUGGCGCAGGCAACUCAACCUGGACACCAGAGAAAGGAAGACCUGGAGUUUCUUCCUACAGCAAGGAUGAGAAUGAAGACGACAACGACGAAGAUGAAGUCACCGCCGGUGGUUUGCAGCAGGGUGGUAGCUUCACCUGGAAUACCCUCAGGAGGAAAAGGUCAAGCCACUCCACUAAUCCGUCGUCAGACCCUAAAGGGCGCUCGGCAUUUUAAUGCCCAUCUGAUAGGAGUGCCAUUUAGAUGCAUGUCUGCUUUCUUGUGAGGAAAAGUGCUCCGGUAGAGAAACUAAUACAGUUUCUUCAGAAGUGCAUCUAAGCUCAUCAACUUUAGGACUGGUGCAGUAUUUUAUGAAUUAGUUGGUAUUAAACUGUAUCUCCACCAGAACUCAGAAUGUUUCCUGAUAUGUUUGAUGCUUAAAUAGAAACAAUGUUCCUCAUGUCAUGAGGGUAGAGGUAUGUUAAUUAGUUCUAAAAGAAAGUAGGGGCGUGUUAAAUAA